AUGCCGCGCGAGGACGAGAACAAAACAGCGCUGGCCUUCAUCUUGAACCCCUCGUCGCUGCACACGCCGUCGCACGGCAGCAGCAGCGCCUCCGUGUCCCCCACGAUGUCCCCUCUCAGCAAAGCGGACAUGGGCAUGGCCGACUCGGACGGCAACGAGGACGAGAACGACGCGGACGUGACCGACGGCGGCGCGCGCCUCUCCGGGAUGCACAUCGGCGGCCGCAGCCUGCUCUCGGGCAACGCCAUCAUAGAGAAGCGCGUGGAGCAGUUGCUGGCCACCGGCAACCACCACGGCAAGAUGCGCGUGCGCAAGUCGUCCAUCUGCGCGCAGGAAGAGUGUCCUCGAGCUGCCGUCUCAAGAGGACGCUGCGUGCGCCACGGCGGCGGCUCGCGCUGCACGUACCCGAACUGCACGCACGGCGCGCGCCUGUACAACCGCUGCUUCCACCACGGCGGCUGCAAGCUCUGCAAGAUCGCUGGCUGCACCAGCAAGGCCAAGCGCUACGGCUACUGCUGGUCGCACGGCGGCGGCCACAUCUGCGACGCCCCCGGGUGCUCCAAGGUCGCGGCGCCCGGAGGCUUUUGCUGGGCGCACGGCGGCGGCAACCGCUGCAAGAUAGAGGGCUGCAACCGCCGCUCCUACCAGAAGCACAACUACUUCUGCAAGCAGCACAACGCCUCGCAGUCGGCCAAGGCGCCGUGA